AUGAUGAUGGAACCGGAUUUAAGCAAGAUGCAAGACUACGCUUCGUGGGGUUUUGGGACUUUCCAAAUGCCACCCACUUCAUCCACACAUCUUCAUCAGCAGUCGAUGCCGGAUGAUAUCUCCAACGGACCCGACAGCCCGGAUUCCACAGGCAAGGACGGAAAGAAGAAUGACGAUAGGUAAGAAUCCUUUUGACGGUAUUCAAGUACCCGAACUCUAUUGUUUCCAGGGUGAAAAGACCGAUGAAUGCCUUCAUGGUUUGGAGCAGAGGACAAAGGAGAAAGAUGGCUCAGGUAAGAAACUUUUCAAUCUGAUCUGAUCACUAUUUCCCACACUCGCCUACUGAAUAACUAAUGAGCACAGUUUACGUCAACGAUUCGUGACCUUCUGGGUUCACUUAUGUCUGAGAUCCUAAUAUAUGCACAUAUCUUGUCGCGCAGUACUUCUCAAUAGUAAUCCUUUCUGAGGUUCACUUCUUUAAUCCAGUCUGAAACGUUCUCACUUUUUCUUCUUCUUCUACUUUUUUUGAGAUCAUUGCUCAUUCGCGAGCUGAGAAAGACCUUCACUUCCUGGUCUUUCUUCUCUUAUUACAAACAUCAUGAUCGGUUCUGUUCAGGAGUUUCCAAAAAUGCACAACUCGGAAAUCAGUAAACGUCUGGGCACGGAUUGGAAAGGUCUCAGCGAACAGGAAAAACGUCCAUUCAUCGAUGAAGCGAAGCGACUACGCGCCAUUCAUAUGAAGGUUAGUGGUUUUAGAGAAGGGGCCGAAUCUGGGACGCUAUCAUCGGACGUCGUUGAAAUAGUGAUCAUCGUCUUCUUGUCUUCUUGCCUGUCGUCAUCCGACCGCCAACCAACGCUUUGUUUUUCUAGGAGCACCCGGAUUACAAAUACCGGCCAAGGAGGAAGACAAAGUCGAUCAACAAGAAGAACGGCGCGCCAAUUCCAUUCGGAAAUCUUGACACCAAAACGCCAGCGGUGAGAGCUUGGAAAUGUGUAAUAUUCAAUGAUGGCAUAAUUUAAUUUUCAGUACCCACAGAUUGCCACGAAUUGGAACGCGUCAAAUCAGUACAUCGAGCCGUUCCGUUACACUCAUUUCUAUCCCACCUCCAACGUGAUGGAUCACAUUCCAUCUUUCUUGGGCGCCAACCAAGCCCACACCAUUCCCACCGACAAUUCCUCUCCUUCUCAGUAUCAGCCAUCGCCGUUGAGCACUAACUUCACAACCGGCAACUAUCUGACUCCAAAAUCAGAGAGCUCUCCGGUCGGUAGUGACUCGACGGUGGCCACUCUUGACUCGAAUCAGUACAGGCCAUUCUAUGACCCGAAACCAGAUCCGAUGAUGUACUCGUACACUCUUGACUUGACACAUGCUCAAAACAUUCAAAACGCUCUUUCUCAAUCGCAUGUUACCUCGUAA